GACAGUAACAGCGUGUACUUUCCCGGGACACACGCACAGCACUGGACUGUACCAUCUAGCCAAGUGUUGAGAGUGAAGUAAUUUCAGUCAGUGCAGUGUUUUUAUUAGUAUCCAAACAAUAUACUUGUACUCAACUUUACAUUAGUAACAUCUAUUGUUGUUGGGAAGUGUGAAGCGAAAUUGUUUCCUGUUUCAUUCACCCCCGUUUUGGUAUGGAUCAGUCCGCCAGGCUCUCAGUUGGGUGAUUCCAAACGCUUUGUAAACAGGGGCGCCCUGCUUUGUAUUUAACGCGUGCCAUGCCCGAGCAAGGGGAUGUGUAAUCGUAUUAUCUUUAUUUAUAAGAACAGAGAUAUGAAUUCGCUGAAGGAUCGACAGCUUUUACACGCUUAGUGGCUUUGUGCUUUUCUCACACCCCCUAUCUUGUGGAUGUUGUGGUACAGCCCAGCAGACUGUGUGGGAGAAUAAGGGAUGUCCAUGCUUGUACAGUAAGAGAGAGGCUCAGACAAUAGUGGAAGUGGCUGAGACGGACGCAUUGUGAAAGCUCCUGGACUGGCAGCGCGCUCAGGGGCAACAUGAUUGAAGAGGAGCAGUUUGUCAACAUCGACUUGGACGACAAUGUCUGCAGUAUAUGUAAACUGGGCACCGACAUUGAAACCCUGUCAUUCUGCCAUAUCUGCUUUGAGCUAAGCAUUGAGGGAGUUCCCAGGUCAGAUCUCCUACACACGAGAUCCUUACGAGGGCACAAGGAUUGCUUUGAGAAAUUCCAUCUGAUAGCCAAUCAGGACUGCCCCCAGUCCAAACAUUCGAAGAGCCCCUACGAGGAAGUGAAGAAUAUCGUAAGCAAAAAAAUCAACUGGAUUGUACAGUACGCACAAAACAAGGACUUGUAUGCGGAUUCCGAAUGUCCUAAAUCUUCCCAGCACAAACUCCGUAGGUUCCGGCACCAAAGCGACAGGACUCUUCUUCCUCAAAAUGAUUCCCAGGUGCCCAGGUAUUCUUCCAAGUGGCUUGAAGCAAGUGCUGGUGGCAUCUCCAGUUGCGCACAGGGAAUAUUGGAGCAAAGCAAAUCCAGAGAAUUCAGAGCAAGCAUGUUACAGAACACUUUGUGGCCCAGCACUAAUAAACCGCAAAAGAUAGAAAACGUCCACCUUAGUUCUGGCUCUUGUAUUCAAAGGAGAUACGAGCAUUACUGCAGGGAAGACCUAAGUUUACUGAGCAUUGAAGAGUUGGGGCACUUAAAAGAAAACUUCCUUCGACAAAUUAAAGAUGUGUUUGAAGAUCUGAGUGCUGUAGUGCAAGACAAGGACUCGUUAUCUUCAGAACUUCACGUACGGCACAUCGCCAUAGAACAGUUACUGAAGAACUGCUCCAAACUUCCGUGUCUCCAGAUGGGUCGAGCCGGGCUCAAGGCUAACGUUCCAGUCAACAACUGAGGAACCUGCCACAUACACUCCAAAUCUUCCAAUUUCCUUUCCCAUCAUUUUUUUUUUUUUUUCUGGUUUUGAAAUGAAGAAAAAAUUUGUAAAUUGUGUUUAGUUCAUUUUGCUUCUGGAACUGAUGAGAAUUUUCAAUCCUAUUUAAAAAACAUUUUGUUGCAUUUAGCAAGAACUUCAGAAAUGUUUUGAUUAUUAUUAUUAUUGCGGAGUAAUUUCAACAUGCGGAAUUCUUCCUUUGCACAACAAGAGCACAGCAAAAUAUGCAAAACCUUCAGCCGUUGAUGAUCGCUGCGUCUCAUUACCAGCAAUUACCGGCAAACCAACGUCAACUUGUGAACGGGGGGACAUUAUUACCAAAAUUCAGUGAGGCAAUAAGUCCAUCAUUGGCCUUGUACAAAAAAAAGUUUUUUUUUUUUUUUUUAAUGUACAUUUUUAACAUUGAUCAGUAUUGGGGACAAAAACAUUUGCACGCCACUUUUGUGCCUAUUUGGAAAGAUUCUUGACUGAACCAAGAUGGCAGAUAUUGCAUAUCGUGUCUAGUCAUUGAGGACAGGGUUGUCCAACUGAAGACUUCCAAAAAAGGAGCUGCAUCUCAAUGCGAAGACUGAGUCUAUCUGAUUAUUUCGAACCGGAGUAUUUUUUUUUUUUUUAAUUUUUUUUUUUUUUUUUUUUUAUAUAUAUAUAUAAACUUUAGCUAAUGUUUAUAAAUUGCUUGAAAUGCUUGGUUGUAUUAGUAACUUUUCAAUGUUUACAGCAACAUUUUUAUAAGCUACGUUUUUUACGGAGAUGAAUAUUUUGGGUACAGAAAACAGUUCUAUAUAAAAAAAAAAUGUUUGAUUCUAAAUCUGGUUCAUGCACGCUGGAGGAAUUCAAGGAAAUUGUUUGUUUUGAUUUACAAUUUCUUCCCUAUAAAAGCAGGAAAGAUUAUUUAUGACUGUGUAGCAAUAAGAUCCUGUUACCGAAA